GGGCGCGCAGGAAGUGAGGUAUUGCCGCGGGCCGCAGCUGUGGGGCGGUCGCAGGCGGUGAGCGAGCGCCGGGUUCGGGUGCGGUCCUGAGAGGUGGCCGUGCGCGGGCGGGGUUGCGGACACGGAGCUUCGGGCUCGCCGCCGCGUUUGGGCCUGGGGCGCUGCUGAGGCCUGGGACGCGCGCCGCGCAACGGCCCCGCAUCACCGGGCCCGGCGCUGCCCGGACAGGGCCGGAGCGGCCCGCACAGCCGGCAAAAAAGUUACAUUAUUUCAGGAAGUUGAAAAGGAGCUGAAUUCCAUCUAGCACUUAACCUUGGGCUGCAGUGUUGUACACUGAUAGUAAUGUUGGCUGAAGACUGAAUAACAGGAAGUCCAGAAGAGUUCAGCUUGCCUCGCUAACAGUAAUGCAGUCAUAAUGUCUGUGUGAUGCUGAACAACUUCUGUAUUGCUGUUGACUCGUGACUCAUCGCCAAUCACGGCGGAAUCCAUCAAGCCCACGCUCUGCAGGGUCGUCAUCUACCUACAGAAGGAGAUGUCGGGGGACACAUGUCUAACCACCACCCUUUGUCCAGCUGUGGGACCCAAGCCUAAAACUUGUAGCUUCAAAGUUGGCAGCCUUGGUAACAAGUAUGUGCGACUAAAUGUUGGGGGCUCCUUGUAUUACACUACAGUGCAAGUCCUGACCAGGCACGACACAAUGCUGAAGGCCAUGUUCAGUGGUAGAAUGGAAGUUCUCACAGAUAAGGAAGGCUGGAUUCUUAUAGACCGUUGUGGGAAGCACUUUGGAACCAUUUUAAACUAUCUCCGAGAUGACACAAUUGCACUUCCAAAACACAGACAGGAGAUCAAGGAGUUGAUGGCAGAAGCCAAGUAUUAUCUCAUUCAGGGCUUAGUUGAUAUGUGCCAAGCAGCUCUGCAGGACAAGAAAGAUUUGUAUGAACCUGUCUGUAACAUCCCUAUUAUCACAUCUCCUAAAGAAGAAGAAAGACUAAUAGAAUCUUCAAUGAAACCUGUUGUUAAGCUGCUGUACAAUAGAAGCAACAACAAAUAUUCUUACACCAGUAAUUCAGAUGACAACUUACUGAAGAACAUAGAACUGUUUGACAAACUCUCUCUCCGAUUCAAUGGCAGAGUUCUUUUCAUUAAGGAUGUCAUAGGGGAUGAAAUCUGCUGCUGGUCUUUCUAUGGACAGGGUCGGAAACUUGCUGAAGUCUGUUGUACCUCUAUAGUGUAUGCCACAGAGAAGAAGCAAACCAAGGUUGAAUUCCCUGAGGCGCGUAUUUAUGAGGAAACUCUAAACGUCUUACUGUAUGAAACACCACGAGUUCCUGAUAACUCUCUGCUGGAAGCAACCAGCAGGAGCCGAAGCCAGGCCUCUCAUAGUGAGGAUGAUGAUGGUUUUGAACUUCGUGACCGAGUACGCCGAAUCCAUGUGAAGAGAUACAGCACCUAUGAUGACCGUCAGCUUGGCCACUAGCAUGUCAGUUCAGGAGAGAGGGGUUGGUUUCAAGGCUUGUAUCAAUAUUCUUUGAUGGAGAUCAGGAAGUAGGGAGGGAUCAGAUCGACUCUGGACUGAUUUUUUCAUUUGGCUUCUUGUCUCCCUAGAGAAGCAAAUGGGCAUUUAUGCACACAAAGCAACACUAAAGGCCAAGGGCUUUAAGAACUAAGAUGUUUGUUUUGCACCAUGUGCUUUAAACACAGACUGGCCCCUUUUUCAUGUUACAUGAGAAAUGUAUUCCAAAACACUGAUUCUGACCAUUUGUGGUUGCUCUUUUAUAUCUAAUGAUGUGCUGUAUAUCUUACUUCCUGUAGGAAGUACUGCUUUUCCUGAAUGAGAUGGAGUGAUUUGAAAAUAUUUUUUUCAGUUACCUGUCCUUUUAGGGUUUGGUGUAAUGGAACUUCCAGUUAAAUCCAGACACUGAAGAGGGGGUGGAAAGAACUCAAACAUGACUACUUCUACCAAACACUACAGCUGAUAAUCCCUGGAGGAAAGAGUUAGCUAUCCACUAGUCAGAUGCACUGCAUAUGUGAUUUCUUCCACCUAUUUUUCCUUUGUGCACAUACAGCAAUUUGUGUUCCAGUAUAGUUGUAUUUAAAACCCAUUAAUUCUAAGGCAUGUUUUUCUGAGAAGUUAAAUCAUCAAAAAAUCUCCCCCUAUGAAAAAUAAGAAAUAUCUGGAAAUUUAAAUACAUAAAGAAUGACAUGUCACGGGAACUGGAAAAAUAUAUAUGGUGAAGGAAGAAAGUCAUCAAAUAAGAAAACUUCAAGAAUGGAUUGUGGCAGGGUUGGCGUUGUUCAGGGCUUUGAUAGUGUGAUCCUGUUUAUGUAAACAAUGGCAGCCUGUAGAAUUACAUAAAUUUUACGUUAGUUUCCCCCCAUGGCCCAAAAGCGUCAUUUGAUGUUAAAUUUCUCUGACAACGGGGAAAAAAUGCAGUGGCUGGGGAAGUGCAGACUACACAGUUGUAAUGCUACAUAAUAUUAACAUACUGAAGAGUUAGUUUAAGUUUUGAGUUCUGAAUCACUUCUAGAGCAUAGAAGUUGAAGUAGAGAGAAGAAUAAUCGUUAAAACUUUGUUCUGGCAUGCAGGAAGCCCUGGACAGAGGAAAGAGAUGGUAAGCUGAAAUAUCAGCUUUAUUCUGUAUUCUGAGUGCUUGAUUGGGUGCUAAUUUUAGAGGACUAUUCAGAAGGUUGGAGUCCCAGCUGUUUUGCACAUUGGGUCUCUAGAAAAACUUUGAUGUUUAGUAUGGAAAGUUGCUAAUUUCUUUUUAACUGUUUGAUUGUAUGUUUCAAGUGUAGGUUGCAGAUUCAAAUUUUACCACUGUUAUAAAUGGUUAUUACUUGAAGGUUGCUCACUGACACACAUGGACAUGUGUCAGUGGCUUAGUGUGCUCCACCACUGCUUUUAUUUCCUUAUAUUUUAUGUGGAGGUGGAAGCCUCAGAUUCCAUGGUUAGUCUUGAACUCCUUUGACCAGUGCCAAAAUUACAUAUAAGCUUUAAAGCAAAUUAAUGCAAAAGCCAAAUCAAUGAAGUCAUAACUAAAAUUAAGAUAGAAGAUGAUUAAAAAAAAAAGGGGGGGGGGAGGGAACAAAACAGUGAUUUCCACUCAAUUAGGCUUUUGAAAAUGUAACUGUUGAGGCUUUGUAUGAAGAAGCUAAUGGCUGCAAAAUGUGGGAGGUUUAUUGCCUAAUUGGGCCUCCAUGUGAAAGGCACUUACUUAAUUCUCCUCACAUUCAGGAAGUAAUGUUGGCACAGUAAUGCACCUGCCUUUUUCUGAAAGGCCUCUUUAAAACUAACAACUUCUUCCCUUUUUAUAUUGCUUUCUUCUAGUUGUUUCCCAGCUGUUUUUUCUAUUGUGCCAGGAAAAAUACAGCUGCUGAGAUUAGUUUUGACUAAAACUUUUGUUUUUAAUUGUGAUAAAGCAUGAUGUGGAUUUUCUUUCUUUUUUUUUUUUCAGUUGAUUCUUCUUCACUGAUACUACUUAAAUUUAAUCAUGGUGGGUGCUUUGAAGCUACCAGCAGAGACUGUAGCAAUAUGGUCUUUUUGCUGUACUUGGUAGUUUCAGUUUAUUCUCGUACUUUUAUUUUUCCAUUGUGUAACAAAUAAGUCUGCCAUUUAAAAUUCAUAUGUAUGGCAUUUCUAUUUCUUGGCAAAUGAUUUUUUUUUCGUGUUACUGUUAUAGUGAAUGUUAGCAGAUUAAGUAAGUGAUGCAGGUAGCUUUGCACAACUAUUCAAAGAAUUUAUAAGCAGAAAAACGAUCUCUGAGGAGGUCAGGUUUGGGAAAAAGUGUGAAAGAGAAUGAGCAUCAGAAUGGUCUGCUGGUACAGAUACUUCAGUUGGUGGUUCACAUCUGUGCUCACAAUAUUCCUUAAGAGGAUUGAUUCAAGUUGUGGAAUUCUUACUAUGCUGUAAGAAACAGGGGAAAAAAAAAAAAAAAGGCUUGUGCAUUGAUUUAGCUAGUUCUCUUUUCCUUGUGUCCCAUAGCAACAGUUAGGUUUGUCUAUUUAAAAGACAGUUUUAAAACCAUGGUCUUGGUGUUUGUCCUGAUAAGAUUUUCAGGAUGUGGCUGAGAAGAUCCUAGGUGAAUAGCUGUGGCUGGAUUUCACUAACAGUCCUAUAGUUCCCUCCACUGGUGGACAGAUCAGGAAUUGGAAAACAUCAGGAAACUCACUGUUAGGCAUGUUCUGGGAUGUCUGCACACCACUAAAUGAUAGUACUAUUUAGAGACUCCAAUCCUAGGUACAGCUGCUGUACUCAUGUUUCUGAUAAAACCUGGAAUGCCCUGGGUUGUUUCUUACCUGACUGGUUGUGUAAUUGCAUAAUUUACAAGAAAGCUCAGUGACUGUAAAUGUAGACAUGGAUUCUGCCAUCACUUACACAGUUCAUAGAUUAAACUUCUUUUUCUUGUGCAAGUACAAACUAAUUUAUUUUCUCUUAGGAAGAGCCCUGCUUAUCUGACAUUGUUCCAGUGUGGAAUGUCAACUGAACGUUCUUUCCACCAAAAUCAUGACAUUGAUAGUACAAUCUGACUGCUAAGCUCUGAUUUUUAACACUGCAGUUCUGACAUAAUGUGUACUUUAUAUUCUCAUCAUACUUUGCUUUACCUAGGUCAAGGAUAUAAGUUUUGACAUACAUACUAGAACAUAUUUCAACAACCUGGUAUAAUGGAAAGAAAGCAGCACUGAAAAGGGUGAUGCAGCAUGCACUUGUUUGCAGUAAGCUGACCCCUUUUAGAGCAAACAGCUGUGCUUCCUAAGAAUAUUCUCUGCUGGCUUUAAGUAUCACAUUAUCCUCCCUACUAAGGUGAUACAGAUUUCUAAUUAUAUGCAUUUGUGUCUGUUAAUUAAGAGCAAUGACUUCCUACAUAGAAUAUCAACACUGGAUGUGUUUUCUGAUAUGACUAAAUUUAAAGUAGCCAUUAGGAGGAAGAGGUACCUCUUAGCCUCAUCCGUAACCUUACUUUCUUCACUUCUGAAUUUAAGUGAACUUUUGUGCAUUCAAACAUUAUAUUAGCAGACUGAAAGAAUGAAUGGAAAACAUUAACUGACAUUUAUACACAAGCAAUGUAAUAAAGUGUUACAUGAUUCUCUAAUAGGAUCCUAACAUACUGAAAAACAAACUCAGCUUUUCAGCAGAGAAGGAACCUUGGUGCCUUGAGUGAAUGUCUUAUGUUAAAUAGUUCUUCAAUACUGGUGUUAAUUAGGCAAUAAUGUCAAAAGAGUGAGCUCUGCAUGGCAGCAGCCUCCAACUGCUUGAUAAAUGCCAAGGCAAAACUAAGUGCUUAACCUUCACUUUGACAUUUAGUUUUUGGAACAGGAGACAUUUAUCCUAUUGUAACAUUCCAGUGACUUCACAUCUCUUGCAAUUUUUGAUUAAAAAUUAAAAAAAAAAAAAAAAAGCUGACCCAAGUCUGGAGGGCAUUGGAGAGACUGAUAUCACAAUAUUUCACUGCGUUCAGCCUCAAGUGGGCAAUGCUUUUAUUUUUUGUAUUUUAAAUUUUCAGACAGAAUUCACUCUUAGAAAUGCUGGUGAAGUACAAUUUAGAUUAUAGUCUGUGACAAUCCUUGAUGUUAAAUCUUUAUGGCCAGAUUGCACAUUGUGCAUUCUGUUAGGACAACUGAAGUCCUGUUAAGAGAUGAGGGAACAUGACCUCGUUUCCAGCUUUGCCACUAACUUAGUGACAGACAGCAAGUCAAUGUUUCUGUAUGUGAAUUUUUCCUCAUCUGUAAUAAAAUGGGGAUAAGACUCUCCCCUACUUCAGAGGGAUGUUGAAGCUUAGUUUCAUAACAAUAGAGCACUUUGGAUUUCUACAUUUUGUAUCUGGAGGAUAGUAAAGGUGAUUGCUGUUUAAACUGACGUUCUGCAAUCAAGCUGUUUUCUUACAGCAUCGGGCUUACUUUUGUUUUUGUCUAGCUUUUAAAGGUCAGUCUUAUGAAUAAGAUAAUGAAUGCAGUUAACCAUAUUAGCUAUUGAAUAAGGUGUUUUCUCUGUUAUCAGUGAGGUAAAUGGAACACUGGUUUUUAAUAAAGCGUUGUAUUUUACAUUGCCCUUGA